AUGACUCGAUUAAACGCUGGGCCACCUACCUCUGACAACAUGGACUCCCACGCGAUGGACUCCGCUCCAACCUUGAUCGGAAGGCGAACUACGAACGGCCAGCGCUCUCGCAUACCUAUUGUCGCAAUCAUGCUCCGAGGAAUCAGGGUGUACGAGAUCGAGUUGAGGACGCUCAAGCGGUUCUCCACGACGGCGUGGCAGACCUUUGGCAGGUCAACUUCUAUCCCGAGGACCGAUCCUCAACAGGAGUUGACGUUCGACAUCGAAGACGCUCGCUUCUGGCAGCUGCCGUCCCCGUCCGCCGUCAGAGUCGUCCUUCAAUGGAUGGACCUCGCCAAAGAGACAGCCGGUAACGACCUGCUGCCCCGCCUCACGGCCCCGGGGGGCUGCACAUUCCAUUUCGCGUGCGAAGUCUAUGCAGCCACCAUCAUCUUCAACGUUCGCCCACGCAAAAUCUCGAACCAAGCUCUUGAGCCUCUCAUGAAGCACGUCUCCACCCAGCCGAGUAAACUAACUCUCCAGACGGUUCACGAACUGCUCCCCAUCGACAACGUUCUGAUGACCCGAUGUAUCACGGCCGCCUUCGAGAACCGCGAAAACCGCAAAUACUUUCCGGGAGAGAUCAGUGCAAUUAAGACCUACCUGAAGGUGGAUCCAGAGCUUGACUCGCGUUUCAACGACAUAGGUCGCUCAAGGCGGCGGAAAGUUCAACGUCAGCGCCGCUACUGA